AUGAUCAAGGACGAGAAGGACACGGCGAGUGCGCGUUGCACGCCGGCGGCCAGGAAUGAUGAGGCGUUGCAGAAGAAGGAAGGCAGCGGUACGGCGGUAAGACGACCAAGAGCAAAGACAUUCACAGGGUGCUGGACGUGCCGGCUGAGGAAAGUUAAAUGCGAUCUGGGUAAACCAAGCUGUCAACGAUGCGAGAAGUCAGGCUUAGAUUGCGGGGGGUACGAUAUCAAGCUGCGAUGGUCCAAUCCGAUACGGUUUGAUAAGUUUGGGAACCAAAUGGCAGGGGAGGACCGGGAUGGCGACGGCGAGCAGCCUGCGCAGCCGUUCCAGCGGCGUAACAUUAUGUUUGUGCGGUAUGAUGAGGAGUACGAGUACUACGAGGAUAUGGAUGACGAGUUGUCCGCUCUGCACUCCCCGCCGCUUGAGAUGAUCGCCGAUCAUAAGACGUGGAUCAUUAAGCGCUUUGGCGUGUUCAAGGGCACGGACCGGGUGAAGCGCAAAUACGUGCCGCGUAAGCGUCGUAAGGUGAACCCGGUGUUUGCAGACGCGAUGGCGCGAGAGCACCGGCGGAAGCUAGAGGAACGGGAAAAACAGGCUCGGCGGAAGAGAAAAGGAGAGCUUCAAGGCUCGUUGGGCUCCGGUAACGCGACUGGUGCGGGGUUCGCGAAGGCCGGGCCACCUGCAGCGGAGUCUGCUGGAGCUAUGUCGCCCGUGAGCGCGACACCUCUGUUCGACUUCGACUUCUCUACUCCGGGGUUAGUAAGCAGUGAGUGGAUGGCCGGCGAGCUCAAGGAUGACACGACACUAUCCUCCGCGAUGCUGCGGAAUACGUUGUCUUUCCCAACGGGCUUAAGCGUCGCACAACAUGGCGACGGAAUUACUGCGGAUACGGCGCCUCCCAAGUCUCAAAGCUCGAUAUUCCCAGAGCAAACAUUGCCGCUGCAGUCCGCAGGGACUAUGGUUCCACCCUCGGUUGACGAGGUCUCGAAGGUGUAUCGUCUACUCUUGAACAACCAAGGCACAGAUUGCAAUUCCUCUACGGGAUACAAAGGCUUAUCUGGCGUACAUACACCUUAUACUGUUGACAAUGUGGCGAUCCAUGGUCCCGAAUCUCGGAUGCCUGCAAGCGCAAUUGAGUCCGUUCCAUCUAUAGUCCCAGACCCCACUAUUUUUACACUGGCCGAGCAUACUAACAGUCUGAUUCGUUUACCAAGGAUGGGAAUGCAGAUCCAUGGGUUGACGCGAUUCCUACUGAGCUAUUAUCAGCAGAAUGUGGCGGACCUAAUGUCUGUGGUCGCUCUUCCUAAGAACCCGUGGAAAACUAUAUACUUUCCUCGAGCAGUGAAGGCGCUUGGAGAAUUAGGUGCCUUAGGAUACACGUCUCACUCUCGGAAUGCGUUGCUGAAUGCCCUUCUUGCUGUUUCAUGCUUUCACCUGCAGAGCAAGUUCCCAAAGAAUUCGAAAGAGAUGAAAUACUUUGUGUCUUUGGGAAUGGACUUUCGGAACCAGGCUUCUGGUUUCUUGAACGCAUGCCUAAGUUCGACCUCUCGACAGGAGCAUUAUAAAGAUGUUCUCACCGCUAUCUUAUCCAUGAACUCGAUCGACGUUGUGUGGGGAACUAUGUCAGAUUGUCAAUAUCAUCUAACUAUUUGUGAAGAAUUUAUUGAAUCCCGUAUGAAGAGUAGGCCUCUUUUGUCUGAGAAGGCCCGAUGCUUACAUCGCAUCUUCUCAUUUCUCAAAUUGAUCCAGGAUAGUACGGCUUUAGACAAGGUACAAGAGAAAGAGAUCAUCAUGAAAGACGCUGGAGACAAGGAGUUUCAGAAAAAUGGUAGUUCGACACCGCCUUUGUCGACAGAUUCAUCCUCAUUUACUGGUAGAUAUGUUGAGCAAUUAAACAAAGAUAAUGGAAGAGUAUGCAUUGAGUUCAUUGAGAAAGAUGGUCAGUAUUUUGAUACUAGGGGCAGUGUUCCUCUAUUUAACACGAUUGUUACCAAGUCAUACCCUCAUGAAAUUAACGAAACCAGAAUCGAUACGCUGAGUAUGGAUGUUUUAUAUGGGCUACCAAACUCAUUGAUCCUGUUAUUUUCUGACUGUGUUAGCCUCGUACGGCAUCGUUUCUAUUUCAAAAGGCAUAAUACUGCACAACCGACUUCAUUUGGAUUAUUUUGCGUCAAGAUUGAACAGAGGCUUCUGAGUUGGAAACCGGAAUGGAUAUUCUGGAAGGAUGAUUCCAAGGCAGAGUUCAUUAACGAUACUGUUGAGGGCGUUUACCAUCAUACUAUGAGCUUUUAUUACGGUCUGCUAAUAUAUUACUUUACUAUGGCUCGUUCCUUGGAGGAUCAUACCUUGCAAAACUAUGUCCAAAAAGUAUUAAGUCAUCUGCGUGAACUAGGGAACAUCAUUGAACACAAGGACGUAAAAAUAGUCCCCCUAAUGUGGCAAGGAUUUAUGGCGGGCUGUUCCUGUACAGACAGUAGUAUGCAGUUGGAAUUUAAGAAAUGGACAGCUCAAUUAGUGAAUUUUGGUAUAGGCUCUUAUUGGGGAGCCAGACAGAUUAUGCUUGAAGUUUGGAGGCGGCGAAUGACCGACGGCAAGUGUGACAAUUGGUAUUCAGUUUACUGUGACUGGGAAAUGAAUUUAAUGUUAGCUUGA